UAAUUCUGCGUUAAAACAUGCGACUGUUUUGCCAUUGACAUCGCUAAGCAGCCGACUAAUGCGUCGUUUGUUGUUGUCGGUGUUGGGUCGAUGGAUGUAGAAGGGUGGUGGCGGUAGUGACGGUGGCCCGUUUGUCUUCCUCGCUAUAGAAAGCAAAUGAUAAUACAUUUGAGUUUGUUUUUUUAUUAAAACGUGUCUUUAAAUGAAUGGCUCCUUACACCCGGCUAGAGAUUGGUGAUUGUGCGGCGCCGUCUCCUCCUCCUACUCCUUCUUCUUCGUCCGUCAUGAGACGGAAUCGAGCAAGUCCACGCGUCUUCUCGGAUUGCGGCCGGUGACUCGGCGGGCCUGAGACCCGCACGCACUACCAGAGAGCGGGCAGGGGACAGCGGUGAGGGGCGACCGAGAGAGAGGGGACCGCACCGCGAAGUCGGCCCUGACCCCCUCCCAGCUCGCCCUGCCCUGGGGGGCAGUGGCUGGGCAGUCCGUCUCUCCCUGCUCACUCGCAAACUCCUCACCCUCCCGCCACGCAUUCCUUCGUUAAAACACCUCUCUGCUGUUACCCCUAGUACUCUUAUUGCUUUCAAAUGGAUCGGCCAGUGAGUCCUCCUCCGGAUAAAUUUGGCACCGCCACCGAGACGGCCUCACCGUGUGGUGGUGGCGGUGGCGGCGGCGGUGGUGGCGGAGGCGACUCGGGCAGCGUGGAGCCUCCUGAAUCCAGUGAGAGGCUGGACGCUGACGGGCACGGCGGUGGUGAACCUGGACGCGACCCCGACUCGGGGGAGGCGGCCGGAUUUUCCAUCAGGGAUUCCACCCUCGGCAACGGUGGUGGUGGCGGUGGCCUCCGGCUAAAGAUCCAGACCACCGCCAAACGUGCCAAGAAGCCGCCCAAGAGUCUGGAGAACUACAUCUGCCGGCCUGCCAUCAAGAUCACCAUCAAGCCCUCGCCGGGGAGGUUGACGGACAAGGGGGCCGCGCUCUCGGGGGCCACCGCUGUGCCCAAGGAUGCCACCGCGAUUGACGAAGCGGCUGCCAACAAGCGAAGGGGCCGCCCCAAAGUGUUCAAGCACUGCGAGCCAGAGCUGGAGGGAGCCCACGCAACGCAGGGGGAGCCGACGUUGGACGGCACCGACGGCACCGGCGGCACCGGCUCCCCUGCCGGCGAGCUCUCGCGGGGGGCAAGGAGAGAACCGCCGGGUUCCACCGACCGUUGCUGGGGCCGGGACGACGCGCGUUUGGGGACCGACUGCCUCGGCGCGCUCGAUGGAGCCGCGGCGCCGAACUGUGCACCCCAGAUUCUGCCGCGGCCUGCGCUUGCCGGACGUGGACCCCGGGCAGCGACGUCGUCUUCCAGAGCGGCCGCGAGGGCCUCCGCGUGCGCCGAAUUGAGCGGCGGCGGCGGCGUUCAAGCCGACCGCAGGAUCGCUGCAAAGAUGGAGGCGCCGGGCGAGGAAGGAGCGACUGGCGCAGAGGCCCGACCGAGGCCCGGCGAGGCCCGUGCUGUUGUGGCGAGCCGCUUCCGGAAAAGCAAAGUGGCGUACCUGUCAUCGGCGUCCGAAGAUAGCCAGGAGGAGGAGGAGGAGACCGCGUCUUCCGGCGUCUCGCGUGCCGCCGCUACCACCACCGCCGCCGUCGCCACAUCGACGGACAAAGCGCGUAAACCUGGCGGCGCCCAGGCCCUGCCCACCGGCAAGCGGGACGUCCCGUCCGGGUGCCUCGGCGGCCCCGCGGAGGAGCGGUGCGGCGGGCUGCCGGCGAGGCCCACCACGGCCGACGGUGCCGCGUCGGCGCUUCGCCACACGGAGGACUUGGCCGCGGCGCUGCAGCCCGCGCUGCAGAGUUGCGACGGCCGCAAGGACGGCGAGCCGCGCGUGCCGAGCCUGCCGCCGGAGCCCCGGGAGCACCGCGGGUCGAGGCACGGCUCUCCCGAGCCUCCCCGGCUCGUGCGGGAGGGCUCCUUCGAGGACGGCAAAGCGGAGGUUUUGGCCGACGCGCCCGGCUGCGACGCGGGGCCGCGGCGGACCGGCGACGUUUGCGCAAAGGCCUCGGCGAGGACGAAAAACGUGAAGAGGAAGGCGGUGCACGGCCACAGGCCGAGUUCCAUCAUCGGGGGCCAGAGCCGGGCCCCGAAGAUGCCGACGCUGCAGCCGGAGCUGGUGGUGCGCAGGAAGAAGGGGGGCGGCGGGCGCCAGGCAAAGGAGAAGGCGGGGGCCGAGAGGCACGAGCUGGACGCCGAGUCGUGGAUGGUGUAUCAGAGCCGCUCCAACAAGGGCGCCGGCCACCUCAAGAAGCUGAACAAGUUCGGGCUCCCGCUGAACAACACGGAGCAGAGGCCCGUGUCGCUCAUCGCGCAGGCUGCCGUGUCGCCCAAGUUCAAGGAGUUCGGGCACCGGCCAAUGCCGCCGCCCGGGAUAACGGGGCGGCCGCCGCUGUCCCUGUCGCCUCCGGCUCUGCCCAUGGGCGGCGGAUUCCUUAAGCGGCCCGUGAUGUUCGCCGCUCACGGAGCCGACGCCGCCGACGUGAACAAGCCCAAGAGGGGGCGGCCUCGGUCGAAACCCUCUCUGCAGAAGGACAAGCCGCUGAUGGCGCUCGUUCCGCCGCUCGCCGCCACAGCCGCCGCCAAACCAGCAGCACCGGUGCCGCCCCCGAUGAAGCGCACGAUGCUCGGCAUGUUCCACCAGCACGGCGGCGGCGGGGGCGGCGUCGGCUCGCUGGUCUGCCUGGACGAGAGCAGGCGGGGGAGAGGCAGGCCGAGGAAAAUGGAGAUGGGCAUGGGUGGCAUCAUGCGUCCGUCACCUAUGCUCUCCGCGGUUCGCGUGGGCGGCCAUCUCGGUACCGCCGUCUUCGGGCGCCAGGAGCUGAAGGAGGGCGGCGCAGCGGCCGGCAUCGACGGCGCCGGCGGCGGCCUCGAGAUGGACGGCAAACGGUUUAAACGGUACAAGGAUGACAACGACGCCUCGCCCACAGACGUCGCGCACCACGCAGAGCUGCAGGCCAAGAAGGACCGGCCAAUGGUCGGCAAGGUACUGGACAAAAAAUUGAUCAAGAAGAUCAACAAGAUGAGGACACUGAAGCGAAAGAAGAUCCUGAAGCAGAUUUUGACGCCGGGAAACGCGAUUCGGGAAAAGCCUCAACCGAGGGUGGCUGGGCCCGUUUCCACCAUCGCAGCGGCGCUCGGCUCUCGGCUCAAGCAGCAGAUCAACGUGAGCAAGCGUGGCACGAUAUACAUCGGCAAGAAGAGAGGCCGCAAGCCCAAGGCCACGUCCGAUGGCUGCCCAGUCUCCGGUCGGGGUAGCGCCCUCUUCGGCAGCGGCAGUGAUUAUGGCUCCAGUUUCAACCCGCUGAGGAGCCAGCAGCAGCACCUGCAACAUCAGCAUCUGCAGCACCAGCAGCAUCAGCAGCACCUGCAGCACCUUCAGCACCUGCAGCACCUGCAGCACCAGCAGCACCUGCAGCACCACCAGCAGCAGCACCAGCAGCAGCACCAGCAGCACCGCGCCGGCGCACUGUCGCCGGCUGUGUCGCAUCCGGGGCCUUCUUCGACACCGCAGCCGUCGCCCGCGCGCACGCACUUCUCCAGCUUUAGCGGCAACCAGAGCCCGCCGAGCAGCGACGCCGGCAGCUUUGUGGAGCCCACGCUGGCGCCGCCGCCCACUCCCCUGCAGCGCCGCUUCGUUCCCACGAAGGCGGCGCGCAAGUCCGUGCGGCCGCCCUCGCCGCCCAACUCUCCGUGCUGCCGCGCGCUCCCGGACGCCGCGAUGAUCCUGAAGGAGGCGACGCCGUCUCCCGCCAGCGAGUCGCACAGCGACGAGACGGUGCCCAGCGACAGCGGCAUCGGCACCGACAACAACAGCACAUCGGACCGCGGCGAGAAGGCCUGCGAGGGGCUGCGGCGCCGGCGGCAGCAUUUCACGGGCGACGCGGCCUCGGCGGACGACAUCUCCGCUUCGGCCGUGGCGGCGGCUGCCGAGCAGCAGGCGCUGAAAGCGUGCGCCGGCAUCGCGGGGGCCGGUGCCGCCGGCGCCGGCGGCCCGGGUGUCAUGGGCCCCGGGAAAGAGAAGAAGGCGCACCGGGGCAAGCGGCGGCACCGCGGCCUCAUGGGCGACCUGCUGCUGUACGAGAAGCUGAAGAAGCAGAAGCGCAAGCGCAAGAAGAAAUACCUGCAGAUGCACGCGGCGCGGCAGGACCCGGGGUACCUGUCGGCGCUGGAGGACACCGUGCGCUGCCUGGCAGAGCUGCGCCUCACGCAGCGCGGGCCUCGCUACAUCCCGCGCGACGUGCUGCCCUCCAUCUUCCGCGUCAACUUCAGCCACUUUUACGCGCUGGCGCCGCCCUUCGCCUUCGACCCGUUGCACUACAUCAGGCGGGCGCCGCCCGACCCGCGCGCCCUGGGCAUGCGGCGGCGCGGGAGGCCCCCGAAGCCGUCCGACGGCUGCUCGCAAUCGCCCGACGCGGUGGCGCCGCCUCCGCCCUUCCUGCCCGGCGUGGGCUACCCGCUGGCGACGGGUCGCUACUUCGACUCGUUCGGCCUGCCUUACAUUUCGUCGCCGCCGCCUCCGCCUCCCCCCGUCACGACGAGCAGCCUGAGCCUGGGCUACUACGGGCAGUACCCGCCGCCCCUCUACCCGCCGCCCCCCAUGCCGCCGCCGCCACCCGGGGCUCUGGCCAGUCGCCUGAGCCCGUUCGACUUCCGACUGGGGGCUCCGCUGGCGCUGCUCAACGGGCCGCCGCCGCCGCUGCCGCCGCCGCCGGCGUGCUACCGCAGCAAGAGGGCACGGCCGGUGAGCGGGCGGCACGGGAGCAAGCUACGGCGGCGCGAGCGCGAGGCCUCCGAGCACAGCUCUCCGGACACGUCGCCCGGUCCCCGCGCGCAGUUCCACGUGCAAGACGGGCGCUUCUCGGACGAUGAGGAUGAGGAGGAGGAUGAGGAGGAGGAGGAGGAGGAAGAAGAGGAGGAGGAUGAGGAGGAGGAAGAAGAGGAAGAAGAGGAAGAGGAGGAGGAUGACGAGGAGGAGGAUGACGAGGAGGAGGAGGAAGAGGAGGAUGAGGGGAGGAGUGAGCAUCGUGGACGGGAGGGAAGGGUGAUGGCUGGGCGCUUGGCGUCUGUUUCUCGGUUGCAGCCAAGACCGUACGACGCCAUCAACGAGUCGAUUGACGCGUGCGUGCGGAGGUACUCGCAGCCCGGCUCCGCCAACGCCUUCCCGUGGCGGUCGCGCGACUGCGUCAGCGGUGGCGCCGGCUACCGCCGAGGCUCGCUCGACGAGAGGGCCCGGGGCCGCCCGCCUGCCGACAUGACAUCCCCGACCUUCAUGGGCAUGGUCGGCCUGUCGGCGCGAGACCGUGACCGUGACCGUGCCGGGCGGUGCUGGCCCCCAGGAGCCGGCCCGCUGGGCAAUGGAGCCCCGUCGAUGGCCGGUGGUCGCAGGAGGUCACUGUCGGAUAGCUCCAGAGAAGCAGGCUCCGCUGCGGGCGUUGGCAGGUCCGGCAGCUGCUGCGGAGGCGGUGUCGGAGGCGGCAACGCAGGCCGCAUGGCGGCAGCGGCGGCGGCGAGCUGGGGUGGCAACUGCUGCGGUGGUGGCGGUGGCGGCGGCGUCGUCGUCGUCGGCCGCACCAAGCGCAGCGAGGCAGAAGCCAUGCGGAGGCAGGCGAGGCGCGAGGGCCGCGCAGCGCUCGGCCUCGAGCGGCUGCAGGCCGCCAAGCGGGGCCUGGUGCACGUGGGCCGCAUCCUGCGCGCCAAGAAGCUGCAGCGCACCCUGCGCACGGGCAACAACGUGCCGUGCGAACGGCGGCCGGGCCGACCGCGCAAGGGCCCGCAGGGCGCCGCGGUGGGCGUGGGCGCCGUAUGCCUGCCUGCUCCGCCGCCGCCGCCGUCGCUGCCGCCGAACUUGACGCCGUUUGGGAAUCGUUGCGGUUCACUGAGCGUGGGAUCACACGGCGAGGCAGGGAGGGCGGUGGCCCCCGCGGAGGAGCCGUCCAAACCGCCGAGCGGUGCCUGCACAGGGAGGCCGCUGCGCGUCUCCCGCGCCCACAGGCCCGACCCCGUGAGCGACGCCAUCGAGUCGGUCGUGCAGAACGGCCCCGAACGGCACGACCGGCCGAGACCCGCCGUCCCGAGGCAGCGGCGACGGCGGAGGCCUCAGAGCCCGAGGAAGCGGCGCCAGUGGCGGGCCCGGGCCGCCGCUAGGGGCCAGCGACACCGCCCGGAGGAGUCGGAAGGGCGGCACAAGCGGCCCGAAUCCCAGCAGGAGCCGCAGGACGGGCCGGAGUUGGCGGAGGUGGGGGGGCGGCCCCAGUGGCCCAAGGGGGCCGAGGGGCGGCCGCCGCGGCCCGAAGCGCCGGAGGCGCGGACGGAGCGAACGGACGCGACGGACGAGCGAACCGUGCGGCCGGACGCCAAGGAAGGGAGGUCGAAACGGCCAGACUCGACGGACGGGCGGCCGCGCUGGCCUGAAGUGGCGGAGAGGCGGCCAGUGCGGCCAGAUCGGCCCGCACGGCCAGAUCGGCCCGUGCGGCCAGAUCGGCCCGCGCCCACGGAGGGGCGCUUCAGACGGACAGAGGCUGCCCUGUUGGGCCUGCAUGAGGAAGUUACUGGUAGCCGCCGGCAGCGACAGCAGCAGCGACAGCAGGAGCAGCAGCAGCAACAACAACAACAACAGCAGCAACAGCAGCAGCAGCAACAACAGCAGCAACAACAGCAGCAGCAACAACAGCAGCAACAGCAGCAGCAACAACAGCAGCAGCAACAGCAGCAGCAGCAACAGCAGCAGCAACAGCAGCAGCAGCAGAACAGGGGUCAGAAGCGGAGGCGGGCAGCCUCUGAGACGCCAUAUGACGGCGACCAAGAGCAGAGGAGCAAGAAGGCGACGCUGGAAAGGCCGGGUGUGGAGGAGUCCAGCUGCAGCCAGGCCGCCAGUACGGAGGCGGAUUGCACCCAGAACCGAACUCCGUGCCCCGCCGCGGCCUCGUCUCCUUCGACGGCCACCGUAGCGCCAGCGCUGCCCGCCCAGUCCCCGGAUGAGCAGCGGGCGGCGCCGGAGGCCCCAUGUGACCAGAGGGAGGAGCGCAGCGAGGGCGAGUUGCCGCCGCCGCCGGCGGGGGCGGCAUUGAUCGCCCCGACGGCAGGAGCAGCACAAGCCCCAGCGCCAGCCAAGGAGAAGAAGCCUCAUCGACCGCCGAAGAAGAAGCAUCAGAAGGCCGGGCUCUACUCCGAUACCUACAAGGACCCCAACGUCAAAAGCCGGCUGAGCUUAUCCAAGAAGGAGAAGCUAGAGUACGUUCCUGGAGAGCACGACCACAGCCUCCUGCCAGCGCCCAUCCACGUUGGGAAAUAUCUCCGCCAGAAGAGGAUUGACUUCCAGCUCUCGUACGACAUCCUGUGGCAGUGGAAACACAAUCAGCUCUACAAGAAGCCGGAUGUCCCACUCUACAAGAGGAUUCGCUCCAAUGUGCACGUGGACGUGAAGCCCCUGUCGGGCUGCGAGCCGACGACGUGCAACUGCAAGAUGCCCGAGGCCGAGGUCGGCGCCAUCCGCUCGCGCAACGGCUGCGUCGAAGACUGCCUCAACAGGAUGAUCUUCGCCGAGUGCUCUCAGGGCACGUGCCCGACCAGGGACCAGUGCAGCAACCAGCGCAUCCAGCGGCACGAGUGGGUGCAGUGCCUCGAACGCUUCCGCACUCACGGCAAGGGCUGGGGCAUCCGCACCAAGGAGAGCCUCCGCGAGGGCCAGUUCAUCAUCGAGUACCUGGGGGAGGUGGUCACGGAGAACACCUUCCGGAACCGCAUGAUUGAGCAAUACCAGAACCACAGUGACCACUACUGCCUGAACCUCGACAGCGGCAUGGUCAUCGACAGCUACCGCAUGGGCAACGAGGCGCGCUUCGUGAACCACAGCUGCCAGCCCAACUGCGAGAUGCAGAAGUGGUCCGUGAACGGCGUGUACAAGAUCGGCCUGUUCGCUCUGACCGACAUUCCGGCCGCCACGGAGCUCACAUACGACUACAACUUCCACGCCUUCAACCUGGAGAAGCAGCAAACGUGCAACUGCGGCUCGGAGGUUUGCCGCGGCAUCAUCGGUGGACGCAGCCAACGCCUCAACGGCGCGCUGGGUCGAGCUCCCGGCCACGGUCGCGGCGACGGCGGCGGCGGAGGUGGUGGCGGCGGCGGCAACGGCGGCGGCGGAGGUGGCGGCGGCGGCACCAAGAAGCACAGCAGCCGCCCCAAGCAGCGGCGCAAGUCCAAGCACCGUCUCAAGAAGCGCAGGGGACAGGCAUCCGAGGAGCCCACCCCGGCUGCAGCGAUGCCUUCCAAGCCACCCCACCCCAUCCACAUGAAGCCCAUGUCGCACAGGGAGAGAAACUUUGUGCUCAAGCACGGCGUGUUCCUCGUGCGCAACUGGGAACGGAUCUACCGGAGGCGCGAGGAGCACGGCGGCCCGGCCGGGAAGGACGCGACGCCGACCGGGGCGGCGGCUGCGGCGGCGGCGGCGUACUCGCGCUGGAACGGCAGCCUGGCCCGCGACGACGGCAACAUCAAGUCUGACGUGUUCAUGACGCAGUUCUCAGCGCUGCAGACGGCGCGCUCGGUGCGCACGCGCCGGCUGGCGGCGGCGGAGGAGAACACGGAGGUUGCGCGCACGGCGCGGCUCGCCCAGGUCUUCAAGGACAUCUGCACGGUGGUCACGACGCUCAAGGACCCAAGUGGACACACCCUGGCUACCCCGCUGCUCAGCCUGCCCCCCAGGAAGAAGAACCCGGACUACUACGAGAAGGUGAAGGAUCCCCUGGACCUGGUUCGUGUGGAGCGGCAGAUCUUGACGGGGCACUACCGCACCGCAGAGGCGUUCGACACUGACGUGCUCAAGGUGUUCCGUAACGCCGAGAAGUACCACGGGCGCAAGUCGAACGUGGGCCGCGCCGUGUGCCGCCUGCGCAAGGCCUACUACAGCGCCCGCAGCGACGCCUCGGCUCAGCUCGAGGAGAUCGCCGGCGAGACCGCGAGCGAGGCGGACGGCAGCGAGAUCUCGGGCGGCGGCGGCGGUGGCACCGGCACCGGCACCAACGGCGCCGCGUCCGGGGCAGACCGCCAUGACGGGGGCGGCGCCGGCGGAGACAAGGACGGCGGCGCCAACGACGACGUCAUCCGCUGCAUCUGCGGCCUCUUCCGCGACGAGGGGCUCAUGAUCCAGUGCGACAAGUGCUUGGUGUGGCAGCACUGCGACUGCAUGGAGGUGACGGAGGACGUGGAGCACUAUCUGUGCGAGCUGUGCGAGCCACGCCACGUCGAACGGGAGGUGCCCAUGGUGCCGCAGCCGUCGUACGCCCAGAACGGAAGCUCUUACUACAUCUGCCUCCUCCGUGACGACCUCUUGCUCAAGCAGGGCGACUGCGUGUACCUGAUGAGGGACAACUCCCAGCAGCGGCGCGGUGCCGACGGGCAGCCUGUGCGACAGUCGUACCGGCUGCUGUCGCACGUGAGCCCUGACAAGCUGGACAUCUUCCGCGUAGAGAAGCUCUGGAAGAACGAGAAGGGCGAGCGCUUUGCGUUUGGGCACCACUACUUCCGGCCGCACGAGACGCACCACGCCCCGUCGCGCCGCUUCUACCACAACGAGCUCUUCCGCGUGCCCCUCUACGAGAUCAUCCCCCUCGAGGCCGUUGUCGGCAUCUGCCAAGUCAUGGACCUCUACACCUUCUGCAAGGGACGCCCCAAGGGCGUGAAGGAGCAGGACGUGUACAUCUGCGACUACCGGCUCGACAAGUCGGCUCACCUCUUCUACAAGAUCCACAAGAACCACUGGCCCACAUGCACCAAGGCCUACGCCUUCGACCACUUCGAGAAGCGCCUCGCGCCCAAGCGGGAUUUCACGCCUCACCACGUUCCAGAGAACUACAAGCGGAAUGGCGGGAGCGGCGGCAGCGGCGGCGGCGGCAGCAGCAGCAGCCGGUCACCUUCGUGGAAGUCCGACAAGAGUCGCUCGCGCAGGAAGAAGCCGAUGCUCGGAGCGCCGUCCUCUAGACACGUGGACGAGGCGUCUUCACCACCGGCAACGUCACUACCAGCACCGCCACCGUCACCGCCACCAGCACUGCCUGUGGCAACGUUAUCGGAGGAGCACAAAAAAGCCGAGUCGGUUUGCCACGGCGAGACCAAGGCGGAGCAUUGCAGCAGCAGUAACGGCGGCGGCAGCGGCGUCAGCAUCGGCAUAAACGAUGAUGGCGACGGCAAAGAAAGGAUCGACGGCGCCAGCGCUGUCAUCCAGGGCAGCUGUAGCAGGGGCAGCAGGAGCAGUAGCCGGGCGCGGCGACAGCUGCAGCAAGAGAGGGAGCGAGCGGCGAUGUCGGAGGUCUGCUCGGAGGACAGGUCGGGGGUCAGGCCAGAGCAGCCGCCCUCCACGGAGCCGCCCUCCACGGAGCAGCCCUCCACGAGCAGCAGCCCCCACAGAGGGGGAGCGCCGGCAGCGGCAGAAGGAUCGUCUCAACAACUUCCUCCUGUCACUUCUGGCGAAAUGCCCCAGCAGGAACGCCAUCGACGUGACGUACCUGCUGGAGGAGGGCCCGGGCCGGAAGCUGCGCAAGCGCUCGUCGCUCUCCUGCGAAGCAUUCGUGCUCAAGUAGCGACGAGCGCGGCGAGCUCCGGUCACCGACUCUGUGGCAUCCGCGCGCCGAGCAGCGGAACCCAAGCCGCCCCCCCCCCCCCCCGCUUCCCCACGGUCGUCAUGGGCGCUGCCGCCACGCCGCCGUCGCCACUUUCCGACGGUUUUCUUCCAACGUCGACGGCGGGUGUGGUGUGGGGGGGGUGGGGACCUUGAGUUUAGGGGCAUUUCGACGGCACGCGGAGACGAAAUCAACCGCGACGACGAACCAACGACGAGGACGCGCAUGACUGCUCCGAGAUGAACGGACACGCGCGGGCAGACGACCCCCGUUGAUUCAACUGCCGAUGCUGGCGGGGGGGAAGGGGGGGGUGGUGAGGGUGGGGCGGGUGGGGCGGGUGGGGCGAGGGGGGUGGUGGACGCUCGAUCCGGACGGUUGGCGUCACGGGAAAGACAUCGCCUGACCCCCGCGAGCUUCCUCCGCGCAGCGGGCAGUGGGACGCGGCCGCUCGCCCCCAGGAGGGCCACACUACGGUUGAGCCAGGCACAUCGGCCGCCCCCCCUCCCACCUCUUCCUCCGCCCCCCCACCCCCCCCCCCCCGCUUAACGGUUUAGAGGAGUAACGUCCUCCCCGCCGGUGGCUUUUACCAACUCGGUACUUGAAAAACAACAAAAAAAACACGUGAAGAAAAUACGUACUUUACUGUAAAUCGCAACAACAACAAUAAGUUAAUUAACUUGUUUUUUUAUGAUAUAUAUAAAACGAAAAAAAAUUGCCGCGAAAACAAACGCCGCGCAACCUUCCGCCGUGUCGGGAAUUUAAAAGAAUUAUGCGAUCCUCAUCAUCGAAGCCGUUCAUUUGCUACGUUUUUAAAGAAACAAAAAAAAGUAUAUAUAUGAAAUAGUAAAAACAAGGAUGUUAUCGUUAUUUAAAAAGACGCAGAUGACAAGAAAUGAAUUUCGGUUCGUGUCGAAGCACUUAUAUAAUAAAAAUGCUUUUUUUUCUCCAGUCAAACGGUUUCAUCGGCGCUGCGGUGAAGACGUGAGUUAAUCGAGACGACAGUAUUUAAAAAAAAUCUUUUUACGAAAACUCGGCAAAAUAUAUAUGUAAGUUAAAACAAAAAUAAUGAAAAAUCAAAAUGUAUUUAGUUCACCGUGACGCGUUAGGUAACAUACUGUAUAUGUUUUCAAACUGUCCAAUGCUGAUCUUCUAAAGAGGUUUCUUAAGCUUUUUAAUUGGAACACGGAGGAGGAGGAAACACCCAUUUUUUAAGUUUAAAUUUUCUCUCGUUUUCCUUGACACUUUCGUUUUUGGGUUCCAGAUAUUUUAUGGUUGCGAUGUUUGUGAGUGGCAGUGGCCGGGGCAAUGGGGUGGGAGAUGUGUGUGUGUGUGUUUUGUACACGUGUAAUAUAAAUGGGCUCGUUAUCCCCGGGGCCUGGCUGUACAUAGCUCAUGGUGUCACACACACAGCGGACUUUCUGAAGCAAUACUUUUGCCCGCCGUUUCGUCCAAUUCAGAACAUGCUCUCUCUCGCUCUCUCUCGGACCAAUAGCAUCGUCAUCGUCGUCGUCGUCGCAGUCUGUGUUUUUACAGCCUAAAGUGAAGCUGGCGCGAAACGUUUUUAUUAAAUAAACACAACGAAGUGACACUGUAA